CUAGUGGACUGUUCCAACUACAAGUUCAGAUCAAUACUCUUUUUAGAUAUCUUCGUGAUCUACAGUUUACAUUUGAGUAUUCAAGCCGCUAUCGAGUACUACAAAAUAGCUUUAGGUCUAAAGAUAUUUGUGAACAAUAAUUAUCCUGAGUACGACAAGGUGGCUUCACCAGAGCACUAUAAGUAGAGCUGAAGUAGACGAGUCCUCAUCACUUGAGACAAGGUUAGGAACAUAGAAAGCAGCAAGAAACAAUUAAAUGUAUAUUUCUUUUAACAUUAUAAAUAAAGAAGCUUUUGAUGAAAUUAUCUUUUUUAAGAAGGACAAGAGCUUUAAAACAAGGUUGUAAAAAAGUUAGAAAGUAAAUUUUUAAAAAAAGAAACAACAAUAACCUAUUUUCAUUUUUUUUAGUUCAAUUAUCGUUAGAUCAAAAUUGUUUUAAUAGUAUCAACACAUUUUCUAAACAUUUUGAGAGAGUACUUUUACUAAGAAUGGAAAUAUUUCCUAUUGCUUACUAAGCAAAAUAAUCACUAUUUUCAUUGGCAAUCAAAAGCAAAACUAUAAUUGCUGCAUUUAAAGAGAUCAUUAUGAUCAGGUGGCGAAAUACUAACAGCGGUAAAAGAAGGCCUACACAAGCGACCGAGGGCCGAUUGUUGGAUGUCAUGUGUGGUCAAAGUAAAGAACCAAGUACAAGAAUAAUUGUUGUACCGGAUGUUGAUGUUGCCAAGGAUGUUGAUUUGUAUACGUACAACAAUCGACCACUUCAAAGCUCCUAUGUCUUUCUCUACAUUCUAAUGACAAUACUAGCUUGUCUUCCUGGAGUCACCUCGGCAGAAACGUGUGCCAAAAAACUUGCCUUUCAUACUUUCAGAUACCGCAACUGUGUGCCCGUACGGCGCAUCGCACCAGUCUGCAUAGGAAGCUGUCGUAGCUACAGCAUGACUAGUAGAAACAAUCCUUUUGUGACGCAGGCUUCCUGCACCUGCUGCCAGGCGGUAGAGCUCAUUACAGCAGGUCUAUCUCUGAAAUGCCCAGUGCUGAAUGACGAUCAGCGUCGAUUUUAUCAGGCGAUGAUUCGAGUGAAGUUGCCCAAGACAUGUCUGUGUAGACCAUGCACAUUUGAAACAACGGUCGAAUCGAAUGGUGAGUACAAUCUGGAUGAGGCAAGUGACGAGGCAUCUUUCAAACUUCCUUUCAUUUUGUCUCAUGAAGAUUCAUCACCAAACCCAAUGCCGUUACAGAUCAAUCCAAAAACGAUAUUUUCACAGAUCACUGCAGACAUGGUUUCGAAACAAUUACCAGUAGAUGUGAUCGAAGACGCGUCUUCUUUAAAGCAACCACCAAAAAUGGAAAUGGCCACAGAAGAGAUCAACGGGAAAAAAUCUUCAAAACAAGUGCCACAGCAAACUAAUGAAAGACCGUUUCCGAAUUCUCUAAAAAAGCUAUUAAGAAACAAAACUUACCCAAAACAACUACCUGUCACAGUUAAUGAAAACACAUUCCAUGGAAUACAAUCAAAUGUUAACAGUGAAGGCGCGUCACAAGAAGCGGAUUUGAAAAUCCCGUCGCUUAGGUCACCGGCCAAAUUAGGCAAUAUCACAUUUCCAAAGUCACUUCAAUUUGUGGUCAAUGAAGAUGAGCCGCCUAGAAACACUGUGUCUGGUGUAAUUACGUCUUUUAAUUCAUUACCAUUACAGGUUAUCAAUAAAAAGAUGUCCCCAAAGUCCAUUGCAGUUAGCGAGCAAACAUCAACAAAAGUAUUACCAGAGGUGGUCUUCGAAGACUCAUUUCUAAAAGUACCCUUAGCAAUGAUCUUACGAGAGCCAUCCUCACCAAUAUCAUGACCUGAAUUUAGUGAUCGUGACCACUGGCUGGAACAACUUGAACGUAAGAGAUCCCUUCCAAGCGUGACAAGAACAAAGGGAACUUCUCAUUUCAAUACAAGAUCUUUUCUUGCUUGGUGAAUCUAGUUCGGUAGACUUUCUUUUUAAAAAAUUUGUUUUAAUUAGACACUUAGGCCUAAAUAUGUUAAUUAGUUGUCUCUGUUCACUGAGUGUACGUUUAAAAAACAAAUUACUUCUGAUAAGUCUUGUUAGUAUUUAAAUUGCUUACCAUACUACUAAUAUGUUAUUCAAGAAAAUUAAUAAACACAAUUUAAUAAAACAGACUUGACAUUGAAUUAGUUUCUUUAACUUAUAGAACACUUUAGAGAUGUACAUCUAUACAAAAUAUUGCUGUCUAUGCCAAUAGGUUUGACCUUUUGUUUUAUUAUCGUGAAGUCUCUCUCUAGUGUGAGUCAUACUACAAAUGUGUAUUGACAACGAGAUGCUAUUGUGCUGGAAAUGUCUUCACAGUUCAGCUGCCAUUGAUAAGAAGGAACAUGAAAUAUGUCUUAACAACUAGAUUCGCUUCAAUCUCACCUUCCCCUUUUUUUUUUCAAAAAAAAAUAAUAUUUCAAUUCACACGAACGUUUGUCCAUACAAAUGACCAAAGAGUAGAUAAAAGGACAUUGUAAAAAAAAGAAAGUUGACUAAAAAAAAUAACGAUUGCAAUUUUUU